CUUUCGUCCGGUCUCGAUUUGGGUCCUGUCUAUCACAGCGGGGUUCCGAAGAUGGAGCUCGAAGAAUUGCUAUAUUCGAUGGGGGAUUCGUCUACUCUUCAAACCGCUUGACACCUGUGGCACCCGCUCCACCACCCGACGCGGAACUCGACUCAACAUCAGACAGCUCCUUCUCGUCCAGUCAGCAGCAAGCCUCCUCAAUGCAGUCAACCCAGAAUCUCAAUAGCAGUGACUUCGAUCUUGCUAUUCCUAUGUCUGUCGAUCCAUUGUCCUUUAUGGCCCCAAGUGACCGUCAUUUGCUCCAAUACUUCAUGUACAAUGCUUCUCGGGCACUAGCAACCCAUAGCUUGGUACAUCAAGAAGUCUGCGAAGUAAUACUCCCCAUGGCUGUCGUAAAUCAGGCUCUACUUCAUGCAACACUUGCACUUGCAGCCAUUCAUCGAAAUUCAUUCAUGUUCAACGCUCACAAUACGCUGGGAGACAACGGAAAGGACGAUGUGGCUCAUUUCACUACCACUAGUAUCGCACACUUACGAAGAGAGCUUCAGAAGCCUGCAGGAGAUUCGCUAGGUCCGAAGCUAGCGACUAUCCGCACUUUGUUUUUGUGUGAGGCCAUCUCUGGCUCACCCACCCUCAGAACAUGGAGAUCCCAUUUCUUAGGAGCAAAAGCGCUUUUCUCGUCAAUGGAAUGGGAGAGGGGUAUCCAGGAUAUUAAGAAAGAUCCCUCACUUCCUUUUCUACGUCGAUGGUACAAUAUUACGGAAGCGCUUGUAGCCCUCACACCCGAGGGUCUAGCGGAAGAAUCACCGGACUUCUCGGGGCCCCGUAGCCUAUGUGGUCCAAACGAUUCUCAGACAUGCAUUGACGCAUAUACUGGCUGUACUGAUGACCUUGCGGGCGCUCUCAGAGAGAUAGGUGCACUUGCACGGGAAAGACGUCGUCGGACCAAAGGCCCUGGCCUUCGUCCCCAGCUUUCCGAAGCAGAAUUUCUGCGCAUGGCUGAUAGACUCGAGAUGUUGAUUCAAGGCAUGAUCACCCGUGACAGAUCAGGAACAGCAGUGUACAAUGUUUCAGGACCACCUGGUCUAUCUGUUAAAGAGUUCGAAGAAUUUCUUCUUUGUAACGAGGCCUACCAACACACUGCACUCAUACAUAUUCAUCGACAAAUACGGCUGCUUUCCUCCGACUCUCCGCUGAUUCAGGAUUGCGUCAAGAGGAUUAUCGACUGUGUUAGCAGGAUUAAACCUGCCGCCACACUGUCACCACUAACGUUACUCACCACUCCACUGUUCACUGCUGGAUGUGAAGCUCGUGGCACCGAUCGUGGUAAAAUUAUAGUGCUGUUGAAAGAAAUGUACAAUCACCUGCAUCUUCCUAAUAUGAAACGAGCCUUGGAGGUGCUGGAGGACUUUUGGUGGGCAUCAGCUGAUGGUAAAACCAGCUGGGAAAGCUUUUCAACUGCACGUGGCUGGGACUUUCUGCCAUACUAAUAAUGCCUACAUGGUCGGCGGGAUUCUCAUGAGUC